AUGUUGCCCCCUCUCAACCAGCACCAACGGCGCGACAAGGGACGCCUCAGCUUGGUGGGUGUGCUCGCCGCCCUCGCACUCGUUGUGGUGGUUAUUCUCGGUGUCGCGCACGGCUCCGCACCGACUCACGGCCAUCUUAAACGUGACGACGACGGCAACUUCAAGGAGGCGAGAGGCAUGGCCCCGAGCGGUAACUGCGACGACAUCGCACCGAUUGUGCCCCGCGCGUUGGUCCUCGGAGACCCGGGACGCUACCUCCUUUCGAACCGCAGGUUCAAUAUCCGCGACAGACCCCAGACGCGAAACUACCACUGGACGGUUUCCGAGGUGCGCUCGACGCCUGGGGGUGUCCUCCGCCCGCUUGUUGUCGUCAACGGCCAGAGCCCCGGCCCUAUCCUUGAGGCCAACCUCGGCGAUGAGGUCUUCAUCCACUUGACCAACGCGCUCGCCAACGCGACGACGAUCCACUGGCAUGGCAUGCUUCAGAACGGCACGAUCUUCAUGGACGGCGCAGACGCGAUCACCCAGUGCUCGAUCCCCCCCGGAGGCAAGAUGAUCUACCGCUGGAAGGCACAGAAUGUUGGCACGUACUGGUGGCAUGGGCACACAAACGAGCAGUACACCGACGGCCUCUUUGGCCCUCUGAUCAUCCACUCGCCCACCGAGACUGCGAUGGUCAAGAACCCCUAUGACGACGAGUACACGUUCAUUCUCAACGACGCGUACAACACCAUGGCGACGUCCCUCAUGCCGCGCUUCAUGCAGCCCUUCACCGGUAUCAACGGUAACCCUGGUGACGAGCCUUCCCCAGAUGGUAACAUGAUCAACGGUGUCUCGAAUGCGCGCUGUGCCUACCUUCCCUCCAACCAGCACAAAGACGCCAAGCGGGACGAGAUGGGCACCCCGGCCGCGGUGGGCAGCAUCUACAACGAGACCAACGUCUGUGGUAACGCACCGCUUGGCCGCUUGAAUGUCAAUCUGGCGCCUGGCAAGACGUACCGCCUCCGCCUCAUCAAUGCAGGCACCCUCACCACGAGCGUCUUCAGCAUCGACAACCACCAGCUGACUGUCAUCGAGGUCGACGGUGUCAGUGUGGAGCCGUUCAAGACGUGGAGCGUCGAGAUUGCUGUCGCCCAGCGUUACUCGGUGUUGGUGACGCUGGACAAGGCGCCCGGCGCCUACUCGAUCCGCACGGCGAUCGUCACCGAGGACCUCAAGUACACUGGCCCGAACUUCAACAGCACAGUUCUGUCCGUGCUGCGCUACGGCAACUACUUUACCAACCCGGUUGACGCGCCCGUUCCGGACGCGUGGAACACCCUCCCCGAGGCGAGCGCCGAGGCCAUUUUCGUGCCCGCCGACAAGCUUGACGCCCCAGCCCCAGGCCGUGUGGAGUACCUCACCUUCCAGGGGCGCGCCGACCCCUCCGACAACAUGAUGCUCAUGUACUUCAACAACACGUCGUGGAGGCCCCUGCCCGCCGGCCAGUCUUCGUUGAAUGCCAUCCGUUCCCUUCCGGACGCGAUCGUGCACAACUCGACAGCGCUGGAACAGGAGCCUAGCCUCGGCCACCAGGUCUCGUACGUCAACCAGGAUGCCAACGGUGUGUUCGACCUCGUCUUCAACAGCCUCGACGAUGGUCCACACCCGUUCCACCUGCACGGACACACCUUCUGGGUCCUGAGCGUCGGCACUGGCCCCUUCACCGGCCCGACCGACGGACUCAGCCGCGUCAACCCUCCGCGACGCGACACGGUCAUCAUCCCCGGGAAUGGCCACCUCGUCAUGCGCAUCCGCACUGACAACCCCGGUGUGUGGACCCUCCACUGCCACAUCGGCUGGCACAUGGCUACGGGCCUGCUCUUGACGAUUACCAACCAGCCCGGCGUGAUCAAGGGUCUCAGCAUUCCACCCGACGUGGCAAGGCUCUGCAAGGCGUAG